AUGGUCAACUGGGAAGAUGCCGAUCUCCGGGAUGCCCUGCUUGUAGGCUUCUGGAACACCUUCAAGGAGCACUUCUCUCAGGAGACCAAGGAUCAGAUCAUGGCUGCCGCUCAGAAACAUGACUCGACGAUCAACUGGAACAAUUUCCGCUGCCACACCAGCACCAAAAUGGUCAACUGGGACAACGCCGAGCUGGCCUUGCGCAUCGUGACUUACCUCUGGAACACCUCCAAGGACAAGUUCACUCCCGAGUUCAAAGAAAAUAUGAUCUUUGAGCUCAAGAAGGUCGAUGCUACCAUUACCUGGGAGGCACUCCGGUAG